AUAAUGACCGUGAUGCUAUUUUCAAGUAAAUUCUCAAGAUGCCAGCAUCUUGUGGUGCAGUAAUCUUGGUUGAUUAUGAUUUGAAUUUAAACUUGCUUCGCCUCACUGAGUUUAGUUCAUUCAAAACAACUUAAUAUGAUCAAACGAGGCGGCUAAAAAACGUGUGUUUAUCGAAACAGGCGACACAAAAAUCACCACAGAGAUUCACGUUAAAUGUAAAAGUUAUUUCAGUGGAUAUAUAUGUGAAAGUUUGUUUAUUUCAUGGAAUGCAUGUUGUUGUUAUUGUUGUUGUGGCGUUUUUGAUAUAUCUCAGAGUGGGAAACAAACUAGAGAAGUAAAUUGAACUUAAACUAUAUGAACUUACACAAACUAUUAUAUCAGUUGAAUUUUAACACUAUUUUCCAAACUUUAAACGUGAAAUGGAUGUUGCUUCGAAACAUCGUAUGGCGGGAGUUGAAAUGCGCAGCCAUCAUGAAUUACGCCGACCACCUGCCGCUGGUUGGAUGCUUGUUGAAGGAGGACGACCGCCACACCCGCAUCCACCACCAUGGACCAUGCAUGGCGUCGCUCCGCCACCGCAAGAGAAUGGACUUUUAAAACAAGUUGGUCAAAAUCCUGCCCACGCCGCACCGUAUUCUGCAAAGUAUCACCCUUAUGGCAUGCGUCAGCAGUAUCGUCCUCACCAGUUCACUGUUCACGAGUUAGAAAAAUGUUUAUAUGGAAAACUAGAAAUGCGAGUGGUCCAAAUCGGCGACCGUAAAUCAACACCUCCCUCGAAGCCUUCUUCUACAUCUUCUGGCUUAACUUCCGAAGAUAAAAACAAACCGGCGAAGUGGUGUGAUAUGUGUCAAGAAAUCCGAUUCGGAGAAUGUCCUCAACAUGACGGACCGCUUCCUUCGCUGCCAUCUUUGACACUAUCUGGUCCAAAGUCAUAUGCAGUAUCCACCUUCCCCGACGAGGUUGGUUUGUGCAUAUCUACACUUCCACUGGCAGGCUAUGGUGUGUUUGCCAAACAAUUUAUUCCCAUGGGAACAUGGAUUGGGCCGUAUGAAGGAAAAAAAAUAGCUGUGGAAGAUGGGCUAAAGCAAAUAAGUCAGGGUGACGCUCCUUUUCUUUGGGAGAUUUACGAAAACUUACGGUUAAGUCACUUUUUGGAUGCAAGUGACGAAAACGCUUCUAGCUGGAUGCGGUUUAUCCAAUGCGCUCGACAUAGAGGCGAGCAGAAUUUAUUUGUCUUUCAGUACUAUGGUAGUAUUUACUACAGAGCUUUCAAAGAUAUCGCAAUCGGAAGUGAGCUGUUGGUAUGGUAUGACGACAAAUACCCGCAAUAUUUUGGAAUGCCCUACGACAUUAGAGAUAUGUCGUCAUUUUCAAUGGAAAGUAUUCAAGCACCAACAGAAGUACCAAAGAAAUCUGAUCUUGAUCCAAACCGCAUCCAUCACGGUGAAAGAUCACAUCCAUUUCUACAUGGAGGCAAAGUAAUCCCAAACGCCGCACCUGUUGGACGCGAACGAAACGAACCACCACGCAUACCACCAAAUGGGCACCUACACACUCAACCGCUUCAUGGUCAUCCCUCUAACACAUUUCAACCGCCUUCCGCUCAACCUCCCGCCCAACCGCCUACAUUAAGUCAAGCACCAAGUAUAAUAGAUACUCGAUCUGUUCACUCGAUAACCCAUGUAUCAGUAAGUCGACCGCACGUUCAUCCAAAUGCUCCUCCGAGUCAUUCUCCCAGAAAAAGGAAUCCUGGAUUUCGAAGAGAGCCAAACCAUGCUUCGUCCAGUAUGCUUCGAUCAAUGAGUGCGGAUGAUUUACGUAAGCGCAACAGUGCUGGUGAUAGGCCGCCAUCGGAACGUGAACAUUUAGAACAUUUGGAACAUAUGGCACAUGCCGAACGCGGUAACCGUCCUUCUCCUGGGUUGCUGGGUUCUCAUAUGAAUCUUCCACCAGGUGCUAUUCCACAUCAUUAUCCUUCUUCGAUUACGUACUCGAAGCUUCCUCCUCCUGUGAUGUCAGUAACACCGGUGACACACGAACGCUCUCGGAUAAAACUCGACGAUAUAACUAAGCAUAACGAAAUGAAGCUAUACCACGAACAUGCAUUCGAACAUGAACGCCUCGCUCGUGAGAAGGACAGGGUGUUACACGAACGUGAACGAAUGGCGCGUCAACACGAGAGAAUAGAACGCAUGAACAUGGAGCGUGGCAGGUCCAGUCAUGAAAGAGCAAUGCAUGAAGGAAACGCACCGUCUGAACCAUGGGAAAUUUAUCGUUGCCAAGGUUGCAGACAAAGUUUUUCGCAAAAAGCUGCACUGGAAACGCAUCACUGUGUUGCCGAAGCAGCAAAACCUUACCAAUGCGGGCGUUGCCAACUCUCCUUUCCAGAACCAGUUGAUUUACAAGAGCACAUGGCCAUGCACACGUCAGAGAGACCGUUUAAAUGUGGCGUUUGUGCACGGUCUUUUUCAGGUACAAAUGCACUCAGCGCACACAUGCGUAGUCAUACAAUGAAUGAACCGAAACUGCCCGUAAAAGACAUUAUGAAGACUGCGCCUUUAGAUUGUCAAAAGUGUGGGAAACGAUUUCUGCAAGCCGCAGAUAUGACGAAACAUUUAUCAACUCCUGGCCAGUGCGUUAGCUAACACGCAAAAAGCAUGGCGACUCUUCCAUAGUAACCUGAAAUAUUUAAUAUGCUUCAUUUUUUUGUUUCUGAGACAAAAUGAGAAAAACAACUAGUCUCGAUUACUAAAGAAUUGGUUCUUGUUACUGUACCAGUUUUUUAAUAGUACUUUUUGUCUUUUAAGGCGGGAAGUUCUGUUUGUGCAAUUCGUGGUGUGUAUGUGUGUUUCAGUUUUGAGAAUGUAUUGUAUACCUUGAAAUUUUUUGUAUAUAUAUAUCUACUCUUUGGCUUUGUAAAAUCGAGUAAAAGAAUUUAUUCUUGUACAUUAGUUUUGUAAAUACAUACAUAUCCUUUUCUACAAA